AUGUCGUCUUCUAACUUGUGCAGCCCAGAACGUGGAAGAAUGGUCCGCAUUCCCACCACCCAAGGACUCCACGCCUCGCAAAUCCGGGUCUUGGACCUUGUGGCUCCUUACACCGAACAAAACAUCGUAUACGUCAAUUGCACCAGUGCGUCGGGCCUUCUCCGGGCCGUCGAGGCGUCCAGCCAGAAAUGGGUCCAGUCGCAAGAACGCAUGGAGCGGUUCCACUACCACCGCGUCAAUGGUAUUUGCGAACUCGCCAAACUCUUGGAAAAAAAUGAAUUUGAUGUGGUGAUUUUGGAGCGCACAGACGAGAUUCUGCGAGGCAGCGGCGCCGAGCUGUACGAGGAACAGAACCACGCUUUGCAUCGGGCGUUGGCCACGGAUGCCGAGUACGUCUUUUUGGACGAUUGGGAGUAUUUGGACCGGUACUACCAUCGGGACUUGGAUUCGUACAUGGCGCCUAAACGGCGGCGACCCGAUGGUGUCUGA